CCUGACCCCCAAGAGCAGGAGGCCUUCCUUCUUCAUCUCCCGGGGUGCUCAGUGACCACCCAAGACAGCUCAGAGAAUGGCACUGAAGGGUCUCUCCGUGUCACCCCUCUACCAGAGCCCCAACCUGAACAAGCUCAGGCUUUUGGCAGAGCCCGCCAAGAAGGUGAGCUCCCCGCUCAAGCACUUGGUGCCCUCCAGGACCAAACUCACCACCAUCGAGGCCAAGAGAAUCAUGGCCGUGCUGGACCAAACCAUCCAGAAGGUGGAGUGGGCGACACUGCUGUCGCCUGCCGCAUUGCAUCUCGACGCCCUGGAGGGGCUGCUGGAGGAGCACAUCUUGCAGGUGCUGAGGGAACACGAUGGUUUCUGCCAGGACCUUCUGGCCGGGGUGCGCUUCCUGGAGCAAGAAGACGGGCUGGCACGGGAGGAAGAGGGGCAAGAGCGUGAGGCAGGCCUGUUCCACCAGCACUUCCUCUCCGCUGAGCUGCAGGAGGGCCACCUGGCCAUGCUGCAGGACCAGGUCAGGGACUCCACCCGGAACGUCCUCCGACUCCUGCUCACCAACCCCCAGGCGGCCAGAGUCCUGGAGUCGCAGGCCCUGAGCCGCAGCCCGGGCGCACAGGCCUUCAUCGAUGCCCUGAAGCAGCUCCGGGGGUUCCUGUUUGAGAGGCUCCUCACCAGCCCCAUGGAACUUCGGGACAAGACCCAGUUCAUCCACAACAUCAGCAAGCAGAACAAGAGGAACCAGGAGAUCAUAGACGCGCUGGAAAAGGAACUGUCAGGAAGCAUGAAGACCCGGGACACAGAGUUGGAGAAAGAGAACUUUGUGAUCCAGGAGUUGAAAAACCAUUUGCACCAGGUGCUUAAAUACUCCGAGAACAGCCUCCUGCGCACACGCCAGGAGGCGGAGAAGCAGCAGAAGCAGGACUACCGGGCCUCGCAAGCCCGCCUGGCCAAGACGCAGCAGGAGCUGCUGCUGCUGCGCUCCCAGCUGCACAACCUGACGCAGGAGAACCAGGAGGUGGAGCAGGCGCUUCGCAAGAAAAAAUACAAAGUGGAGACUGAAAUCGAGAACUGGAUCCAGAAGUACGACAUGGACAUGGAGGAGAAGCAGGAUGAGUUCGAGGAGCUGGACAGCAUCCACAAGGAGGAGAAGAUCCAGCUGCAGGAGCUGCAGGAUCGGUACAACACGCUGGUGGAGGAGUUCGCGCAGAUCCAGCAGGAGCGCGAGAUCAGCUCCAAGAAGAAGAUGGAGGCGGAGCAGGAGAUGCUGCGCAUGGUGCGGGCCGCCACGCUCAUCCAGGCCGUGUGGAAGGGCUACCUGGUCCGCUCCAUGAUGAAGUCCAGGAGGAAGAAGCGGGGCAAGGGCAAGGGCAAGGAGGAAGUCAAGAGCAAGCGCAAGAACAAGAAGAUGGGCAGCCUCAAGGAGCUGAGCCCCGAGGAGACCUUCCUGGAGGAGAGAGGCCUGGAGGAGAGGGGGGACGAGGAGAGGGAAGGCGAGAGGGAGGAGGAAAAAUACAAGGGCAAGAGGAGGAAGGGCAGGGGCAAGAAAUGA